UCAAUGCGAUGAUGAAGAUUGAGGAGGAGUGGCUGCUUGCCCAUCUAGGGGGAUUCCCUAAUAGCUAGUGAGUGAACAUGGACAAUGAUGGACUAACUGCCAAGCCCUUCCAUAAAGUGUUUGGGAGGAUAGACCCGAGAAGGGAGGCACCAUUCCUUGUGUCAGUGUUGCUGUCAAGACUUCUGGUGACAGCAUGCCUAUUCUGGGCUAUUGGAGUGCUCCAGGCAAUGCCACUGGCCGUGUUCCUGUGUCUGCUCAAGACCAGCUCUGCCCUAGCCUACCUCGUGCUACAGAGACCAUUCUCCACAGGGAAGAGAAUCACUAGAGCUAUGUGGUUGCGUGUGUUACGGCACUCCCUCCUGGUGAGCAUGACUUGUGUAGUGUGGGCACUAGGGCUCUCACUGUGUGGGGCUCUGCGGACAGUGUUGCUAUGGGAACACAGUGAUAUAGCACUGACGGCAGUUGUAGGAGCCAUUGCAUCACUCGGCAGCACCAAGGUAGGGACUCCCACGCCCACACACACCCACUCACACACGCCCACACACUCACUCUAUUGUGCACAGGGGAGGGGAGCUCUAUUAUUUGUGUUGGGGACGCUCUCAUUACUAUUCUUUGACAAUGACCAGUCUACUCCGCCAGUGGAACAUCCGGAGGGUCCUCACAGGAGUGUGGUAUCACACACCCUUUACUGGAUGCUCUCGUUCCUUGGUGUACCAGACCACAAGGGUGGCCUAGUGCUCCUGCUUGUUGGACUGGGUCUGACUGUAAUCCAGAGGAGCUCUGGCAGGAGACUGGCUGUGGAACUAGGAGGAGGCAAGCGUCUGCAGGCUCUCUCCACUCUGGUGGUGGCUGUCAUCCUGUUACCAUGGGCACUCGUACAGCUCUCCACACAAAGUCUCUCCGUGUCGUGGUCCUCUGCUCUCGUCUGUCUCCUAGCAACCAGUAUUGCUCAAGUCAUCGACUACUAUACCAUCUCCAUAGCAACGCAGCAUCUCGAUACUCCGGCCGUUAGUCGACUCAGCUCUAUGGCUUCAUUCAUCUUCUCUCUCAUCAUUGCCUACCUCCUCUGGAGUCACACAUCUUCCGACGACCAUGGGAUCACUGUUGGUGUUGUCAUAGCAACUGUGUUAUACAUAUUGGCCACACCUAUUUUAGCGGGUUCUAUGCCUCGAUCAUCCACGUCCACUCUGAUUGGCUACUCUGCCUCGGGUUUGCCACUGUAUCAGGUGAAGAACUCUCCCUCAUUGUUAGAUCUCAUCAGACCAGGACUAUACAAGAUCAUGGACAGUCCUGACUCACGAAGAAUCUUAUACUUCCUGCUCCUCAAUCUGGCCUUUACAUUUGUGGAGCUGCUGUAUGGAAUGUGGACCAACAGUCUCGGCCUCAUCUCUGAUGGAUUCCACAUGCUCUUCGACUCCACUGCUCUGUUGGUUGGACUGUAUGCAUCGCUCAUGAGUCGCUGGAAACCCACCCACCUCUUCUCCUAUGGUUAUGGUCGUGUGGAGAUAUUGAGCGGCUUUGUGAAUGGUUUGUUUCUAGUAGGAAUUGCCUGUUUUGUUCUCAGUGAAGCCCUCAACAGGUUGAUGGAGCCACCUAACAUUAACACUGACAAACUUCUCGUUGUAUCGAUAGCUGGAUUCAUUGUCAAUCUUAUUGGUAUCGCAACAUUCAGUUUCAAUGGAAGCCACACCCAUUCUCACGGAGGCCACACCCACUCCCACAAUGCGAACAUGCGUGGUGUGUUCCUACACAUCCUAGCAGACCUCAUGGGGAGUAUUGGAGUGAUCGUGUCCACCCUCCUAGUGCAGAGCUUUGGCUGGUAUAUUGCAGACCCUGUGUGCUCUCUCUUUAUAGCCAUUCUCAUCCUUAUCUCCGUGGGGCCACUACUCAAGCAAUCUGCGGAGGUGCUCCUGUUAGCCACACCCACUCACUCGGCACUACACACAGCACUGGAUAAGCUGUCAUUGUUGGAUGGUGUACUGACAUUCUCUGAUGCUCACUUCUGGCAGCACAGCUCUGAUACUAUUGCAGGGACUUUGCACGUACAAGUCGCACCCUCCGCUAACGAACAAAAGGUCAUCACCAUGGUUACGAACUAUCUCCGAGAGCAAGGCGUAUCCAAUCUGACUGUUCAAGUAGAGAAGGAACAAUAUAGUCAUUGUAACAUCACUCAGAGUUAUGUGAGACAGUUGGGUCAGUCCACCCCCCCACAAGUGUACGUUGACUAUGGACCACACACGGGGGAGAUCAAAGCUAUCUAGUGGACUAUCUUGUUUAACUCAUUUCUUUUUGUGAUCACUGUACAUGCUCUAACAUUAAUACAUGACAUUCUUGUUGCUAUGCUAACUUCAUAUACGAGAAA